GCGGAGCAGGGAAGAGCGGCGGGCAGGGCUGUGGCUCGGGCUUCAGCCCCGUGGGCUUUUCCCCAGCUCUCCUCCCGGAGCGCUCAGACGGGUGCGUGACAGAGCCCGUGUGGUGCAUCGCCCACCGCUGCAGAACGCUUUGCGGCUUCGCGGGCUUGGGCUCCCGCUGAGGAAAGCAAAGGCAAAGUUUUCUCAAGUCACUCUCAGAGGGCGGUUGCUACGUGACCCGCUGGAUUUAGCAGCCUGCUUUUCUGUUGGGUUUUGCUGUAGGUCAUUCUGCUGCCCCUUCCGGACCAUGGAUCUGCAUCUCUUUGACUACUCGGAGCCCGGGAACUACUCCGACAUCAGCUGGCCAUGCAACAGCAGCGACUGCAUAGGGGUGGAAGCCGUGCAGUGCCCCAACAUGCCCCACAAAAGCGUGCUGCUCUACACGCUCUCCUUCCUGUACAUCUUCAUUUUUGUCAUCGGCAUGAUUGCCAACUCCGUGGUGGUCUGGGUGAACAUCCAGGCCAAGACCACAGGCUAUGACAUGCACUGCUACAUCCUGAACCUGGCCAUUGCUGACCUGUGGGUCGUAAUCACCAUCCCGGUCUGGGUGGUCAGUCUCGUACAGCAUAACCAGUGGCCCAUGGGUGAGCUCACGUGCAAAGUCACGCACCUCAUCUUCUCCAUCAACCUCUUCGGCAGCAUCUUCUUCCUCACGUGCAUGAGCGUGGACCGCUACCUCUCCAUCACCUACUUCACCAGCACCUCGAGCUGCAAGAAGAAGAUGGUUCGGCGGGUCGUCUGUGUCCUGGUGUGGCUGCUGGCCUUCUGCGUGUCCCUGCCUGACACCUACUACCUGAAGACUGUCACAUCUGCGUCCAACAACGAGACCUACUGCCGGUCCUUCUACCCUGAGCACAGCAUCAAGGAGUGGCUCAUCGGCAUGGAGCUGGUCUCCGUCAUCCUGGGCUUUGCCGUCCCUUUCUCCAUCAUUGCCAUCUUUUACUUCCUGCUGGCCAAAGCCAUCUCAGCAUCCGGCGACCAGGAAAAGCAGAGCAGCCGGAAGAUCAUCUUCUCCUACGUGGUGGUCUUCCUCGUGUGCUGGCUGCCCUACCACGUCGUGGUGCUCCUGGACAUCUUCUCCAUCCUGCAUUACAUCCCCUUCACCUGCCAGCUGGAGAACGCGCUCUUCACGGCGCUGCACGUCACACAGUGCUUGUCAUUGGUCCACUGCUGCGUCAACCCCGUGCUGUACAGCUUCAUCAACCGCAACUACAGGUACGAGUUGAUGAAGGCCUUCAUUUUCAAGUACUCAGCCAAAACAGGCCUCACCAAGCUCAUUGACGCCUCCAGGGUGUCAGAGACCGAGUACUCGGCGUUGGAGCAAAACACCAAGUGAGCUGCACGGCAGAGGCCUGGGGACGUGUGUGCUUGCAGGGUGCAGGGCAUUGGGCUGCCCAGGUUCUGAAGGAGAGAGCAGAGUAGCUCUGGGCUUGGAUGCUUGAGUGAUGCACAGCAGAGAGGGGUGACUUCCUGUGUCCUUUCUCUCGCCAACGAGGCUGCCACCCAGCUGAGCUGUCUGAUGGUUUUGCAGCAGGAAGGAAGCAAGCAUGGUGCUCACCGUGCUGUGUGUGAAAGGUGUCUACAGGCCGGGACCACCCGGGCAUACCGUAGAACCCCUCUGUGUUCCAGUGGUUUCUUUUUUUAUAUGGUGACUUGUAUUUAAGUUUUGAGACUUUAUUUUCCACUAUUGCUGUACCUUAUAAGUGUAUUUGAAGGUUAAAAUAUAUUUUAAAUAUCAUUUGGGAGGUAUAAUGCAGAUGUAUCCAAAUCAUUGUAGUUUUAAAGUUAGUUUGACUUCAGUCUUGACUAAGGAUGACAACAUUGUUAGCUGAUUUGAAAUGAUAUAUAUAUGUGUAUAUAAAAAUAAAUAUAAGUAUAUGCCAGUGUUGGCUCAAAUGUUCUAUUUACGAUAGUUUUAUAUCUGUGGGGAUUUUUUUUAACCUGCACAGGAUAUGGAACGAAAACUGCCCCAUAACGCAGUUUGUGAUAUUCAUAGUAUUGUAAAGUUAUGUUUAAAACCAGACUGUUCCACACUGCAAACCUGUGCCCAAAAUGAACAAAGAGUUCGCUCAAUUUGUAACUUAUUUUUUUUUUUAAAUAAAGACUGUUUUGUUUCCUAAA